ACAAGAAAAACUUGGGCCGGGUCGAUGCAUGGAGCAGUGUGGGAAGGCUGUGUCCGUCGGUGGGAAGCAGAGACGCGGACGGCCCGGUUCCAUCCUCCAGGGGCGCCGGUGCGAUUGAGAAGCGUGGCCGGAUUUGACAACCCGGCGCCGGCGAAGGAUUUGUGGCGACGCCGGAGAAGGAAGGAAGGAUCCUGGCGGUGCUGGUGGUUGGGUGGGGGUGAGCAACCGAGAAGAAGCGUUUAUUUCCAGCUGGUAACUCGUCAGGAUGAUGUGACAAGACCCAAGGGAGAACGCGGAAAUCGGAUUUAUUCCCCCGCCGCUGGAGAUCACCCGAGCCGCCGGCUUUGAACGCUGGCAGGCCUGUGGUGAGGAUACACAACAUGGCAGAAGCGCGGCGGGAGAGCACCAGUAGUCUGCAGAGGAAGAAGCCUCCAUGGCUGCGAUUAGACAUUCCCACAGCUCAGAUGUCGCUGGACGAGCCGCCCACUUUUGUUCAGCCGGUAAAGAGGCAAGGUUUCCUACGCAGCAUCAGCAUGCCAGUGGAGACGUCUCACCUCCAGUCGCCGCCCCGAGACUUCUUUGACAGCCGGCGGCCGGUCCUGCAACGCCAGUCGUCCAUCACGCAGACCAUCAAGAGCAGCAGGAGGGUUCACUUUGAACGGAUUAACACGGUGCCCGUUAAGGGCCAGCGGGCUGCCCGUCGCAGCGCCAGGAAGCACCACUCGCUCUCCAGAACCCUGCUCAGGGGCACGGCCGACUGGUUCGGGGUGAGCAAGGAUGGCGACGCCACGCAGAAAUGGCAACGCAAGAGCCUCCGCCACUGCAGCCUGCGCUACGGCAAGCUCAAGCCGCAGGUGAUCCGCGAGAUGGACCUGCCCAGCCAGGACAACAUCUCGUUAGCCAGCACCGAGACGCCGCCGCCGCUCUACGUGCCCUCCUCCUCGCAUGGCAUGCAGAAGAUCGUCGACCCGCUGGCUCGCGGUCGGGCCUUCCGCAUGGUGGAGGAGGUGGACGGCUACAGCGUACCGCAGACGCCCAUCACACCCGGGGCAGCAUCGCUCUGCUCCUUCACUAGCUCGCGCUCGGGCCUCAACAGGAUACCCCGCCGACGCAAGAGGGAGUCGGUGGCCAAGAUGAGCUUCAGGGCGGCGGCGGCUCUCGUCAAGGGGCGCUCCAUACGGGACAGCACUCUGCGACGGACACAAAGACGCAGCUUUACUCCUGCCAGUUUCAUGGAGGAAGACAUCGACUUUCUUGAUGAGCUGGACACGUCCUUCUUUGCCCGAGAUGUCCUGAUGCACGACGAGCUGUCCACGUACGCGGACGAGGUGUUUGAGUCGCCGUCGGAGGCGGCGAUGAAAGAGGCGGAGCAUAGCGACAAGAAGGAUGAGAUGGAGCUGACGGGAAGCGCGCUUGAUAAGACGGCGCUGGAGAGGAGUCACCUGAUGCUACCUUUAGAGCGCGGGUGGCGCAAAGCCAAAGAGGGCGCGCCGGGCCCGCCCAAGGUGCCCUUGCGUCAGGAGGUGGUGAGCGUCAACGGGCAGCGGCGCGGCCAGCGAAUCGCCGUGCCGGUCAAGAAGCUUUUUGCCCGCGAGAAGAGGCCGUACGGGCUGGGCAUGGUAGGCAAGCUGACCAACCGCGCGUACCGUAAGCGCAUCGACAGCUACGUCAAGAGGCAGAUCGAGGAUAUGGACGACCACAGGCCCUUUUUUACAUACUGGAUCACCUUUGUACACAUGCUCAUCACCAUCCUGGCUGUAUGCAUCUACGGCAUCGCACCGGUGGGCUUCUCCCAGCACGAGACGGUUGAUUCUGUUUUAAGAAACAAAGGCGUGUACGAAAAUGUCAAGUUUGUACAGCAGGAGAACUUCUGGAUCGGGCCGAGCUCGGAGGCGCUGAUCCACUUGGGGGCCAAAUACUCUCCAUGCAUGCGGCAGGACAAGCAAGUGCAUGAGUUCAUCAGGGAAAAACGAGACAUCGAACGCAACUCGGCGUGCUGCGUGCGAAACGAUCGCUCCGGCUGUGUCCAGACCUCAGAAGAGCAGUGUUCGAGCACUUUGGCUGUGUGGGUGAAGUGGCCCCAGCAUUCCAGCAAACAUCAGCUCAACGGGAAAGACAGACAAUACGGCUCCGUCUGCCACCAGGACCCGAGGAUCUGUCUGGAGCCCGCCUCGGUCGCGCCGCACGAGUGGCCUGAUGACAUCACCAAGUGGCCAAUUUGCACCAGGUACAACACAGGGAACCACACCAACCUGCCUCACAUUGACUGCACCAUCACGGGCCGACCCUGCUGCAUCGGAACCAAAGGAAGGUGUGAAAUCACAUCCCGGGAAUAUUGUGACUUCAUGAACGGCUUCUUUCAUGAGGAAGCCACUCUCUGCUCACAAGUGCAUUGCAUGGAUGAUGUAUGUGGACUGCUGCCUUUCCUCAACCCUGAGAUCCCGGAUCAGUUUUACAGACUCUGGCUCUCGCUCUUCCUGCACGCAGGGAUCCUUCACUGCAUGGUGUCGGCGGCAUUCCAGAUGACCAUCCUGAGGGACCUGGAGAAGCUGGCGGGAUGGCUGCGUAUCUCCAUCAUUUACAUCGUCAGCGGCAUCACCGGCAACCUGGCGUCGGCCAUCUUCCUGCCGUACAGAGCCGAGGUGGGACCGGCGGGCUCCCAGUUCGGCAUCCUGGCCUGCUUGUUUGUGGAACUGUUCCAGAGCUGGCAGAUCCUGGCGCAGCCUUGGGUGGCCUUCACCAAGUUGCUGUGCGUGGUGCUCUUCCUGUUCGCCUUCGGCCUGCUGCCGUGGAUCGACAACUUUGCGCACUUCAGCGGCUUCGUUUCAGGCUUCUUCCUGUCCUUCGCCUUCCUGCCCUACAUCAGCUUCGGCCGCAUGGACCUGUACCGCAAACGCUGCCAGAUCAUCGUCUUCCUUCUGGUCUUUGUGGGCCUCUUUUCGGGCUUGGCCGUGCUCUUCUACGUCUACCCCAUCAAGUGCGAAUGGUGCGAGCUGCUCACUUGCAUCCCCUUCACGGACAAAUUUUGCGAGAAGUACGACCUCAACGCGCACCUCCACUGACCCCCCCCCC